AUGUUGUUGCCUCUGCCAAUUGCUUCAAUGACAACGUCCAACUUGGUAUUUGAAUUUUUAAAUUGGGUCUCCACCACAACUAUCAUCGAGGCCUUCCUUUUUUAUCCCUAUGAAGAAGAUGUACCACCGAAUGAGAUAGAUGGUGUUGGUGUUGGACUAUGUGAAUCCACGAAUGGGGGGAGCAAGGAACAUCUUCUACUAACCCAUGAAAUGCAGGCUCCUCCGAGAUAUACUCCAUAUCAUCACUCAAAUCCACC